CACACCUUCAUCCGUGGCCCAAGGCCCUGAGAUUAGGCAACAAUGCACGCCGGAAUAUCUAUCUUGCUUCAUUGGCCGAUCACCACUUGGUCCUUGUUCGAUGUGCUGGCAUCGGAGCGUUGGAAGAAGAGGGGUAAUAGUUCUCCUUUCUUAACAAAAUGGUUUUGAUCUCCUACUCUCAUUGAAUCAUUUUCUACAAGAGCUCCAAAACCGAGAUUCAAAGUGAUCUUAGAGAAAAGAGAUUCCUGCAAGAGUCAACGAAAUGGCCUCCCAAAAUAAGUCCCUAUCCGAUGAUAUCAACGACGAACUUAAAGCAAAGCUUGAGGAGCAACAGCAGCUUCAACAAAAGGCACUUGAGCUGGAAGAGUUUAUUGAAUCUCUGGAAGCCCAGAUCCCUGAGCUGAAGUUACUUUCCUCCAGCGCCCGAAAAUCACGGGGCCUGCGUGAUAUCGGGGAAACUAUGACUCCCGAACAGGAAAUAAGAAAGUAUCAGGCAGAAUUGCAAGCAAUCAAUGAAAAGAUUGUUGCAUUGCAGCAUGCUACCGUGUUGCUAUCGCAGGGAAAUUGAAGAAAAUCAGCAACAGUGACCAGGGUAACCAAGACGGAAGGGAGCCAAUAACAUUUGCGAUGUCGGAUUGUCGCCAUUGAUGGAUACUUGCAAGAUUACGGAUCUGGGACGUGAAUUUCGGCUUCUUUGGUUUGUCUGGUUGGCGACCUGGCAUAGGGUAAGAUUCAAUUGGCUCUAGCCCUGCCAGUGCUAGUUCUUCCUUGAAAGCCUCAAGCUCAGACAUUGUUUUCUUCAAAGCCUCCACUUGUGGCUUCCGCAGAUUAAGGUUAAAGAAGUUUUCCACUCGCUGCUUGCUGUCCUCUCCAUAAAAUUCUUGGUCCAAUAGAUUCCAGUACACGUUCCCAAAAUAGCAGGGUUUCAAGAGUGCGUAUGCAAUAAACAUGUUCCCCCACAGUAGAUUCUCUGAC